GGUCAAAUGCGCACACAAACUAUAAUAAAUUCCUCCAUUAUUUCUUCUCCGCAAUAUGUUUCCAAAACCAAAAUAUCUACCCAGAAGAAGAAAAAGUGUUGGCUCUGAGAAUAACUCAAGAAAGGCUUAACCUUUAUUCUCAAAAACCAAUAUCUGCAUAAAUUGAAGUUGAAGAAAGAUGGGAGGCGGAAAGGACGAGCAUAACCAUAAUGAUAAAGGGUUGUUUUCACAUCUUGCUGGAUAUGCUGCUGGUCACCAUUAUCCUCCGCAACCACAUGGUUAUCCUCCGCAACCACAUGGUUAUCCUCCUCAACCAUAUCCCCAGCAGGGCUACCCACCACCUCCUGGAUAUCCUCCUCCUGGUGGAUAUCCACCGGCAGGUUAUCCUCCCCAAGGGGGUUACCCGCCGGCCGGUUAUCCUCCUUCAGGUGGUUACGCUCCUGCUGGUUAUCCUGGCCCAUCAGCCGCGCAUCAUUCAGGGCAUGGACCUGGUAUGGGAGCUUUGUUAGCUGGGGGGGCAGCCGCUGCAGCUGCUGCUUAUGGUGCUCACCAACUGUCACAUGGACAUGGAUAUGGGCACGGAUUCGGUCAUGGAUUUGGUCAUGGGAAGUUCAAGCAUGGAAAAUUUAAGCAUGGGAAGUUUGGUAAGCACGGGAUGUUCGGAAAGCACAAGGGCAAAUUCUUCAAAAGAUGGAAGUGAUUCCUACUCAUUUGAAUCUCUAUUAUUAUUCACGCACAAGCUUUCUCCAGUAACUGGUUUCAUUUAUCAAAGAUUGUUUUCUGUUUCUCCUAAUGAAUCUAUAUCUAGAAGUUACUGUAACUCUAACCGUUUGCAUGUAUGAUAUUUGCUGCUUUAUUUGGUUUAUUGUGUGUGUAAUGAAUGAUGAAUGAGUUGGUCUAUAUUUGAAACAAAGGAACUACAGUUAAAAAAAA